AUCACUUGAAGUGGGUAGUCAAGAAUCGUGAAGCGCACUUCACGGAGUGGGAAGGAAGACGCGAUUAUUUUCUGGGUCACAAACUUACUUUCUCCGUAUUUUCAACAUGUCUGACAGACUCGACGACAUUCUUGUGAAUUUGAUCAAAAUGGGCUCCGAAGAUUCCUUCAGCCAGCAACAUACUAAACGUCUAAAUCGAUCGAGCUCAUCCUACACCCCGAUCUCAAAGAAGUUCAGCCCCAGCUCUGAACAGCUGACUGAUACCUCAGGUUGGCCACUGGACAUCUGGGGUGAAAAUACGUCCAACAAGCAGUUCUCAUUCAGGCCUGACCGUUCCAUGAGUCUUACGGAGUCUGGUGCUCUCACAUUCAGCAAGAUGAAGACCCACGAAGUGCCACCACCCCCCGGCUUCCCUCCCCUGAACAACUCGGCUGCUCUCGCUUCAAACCGCUACAAAACCGAACUGUGUCGUAGCUUUCAGGAGAACGGUAGCUGCAAAUACGGGAGCAAAUGCCAGUUCGCCCAUGGAGAGGCCGAGCUUCGGUGCAUGUACAGGCACCCCAAGUACAAAACGGAGGCUUGUCGCACUUUUUACAACUUUGGCUACUGCCCUUACGGGACCCGGUGUCACUUUAUUCACGAAGAGAAGCUCCCCAUGCAGCCCCAGAACCAGGCGCCCGUGAGCCAGCAGCCUCGCCUUCUCCGCCAGAGUGUCAGCUUCGCAGGGUUCUUGGGAUCACGGAGCUCCCCUCCACCGACAAUGCAGGACCCCCUGGGCUUUGCCCGCGCCCCCUCCGUGUCUCCACCCCCCGCUGACCUGCUGUCUCCGGUUUUCAGCGAGACCGGCACCCAGCCCAUGAAAAACGCAUUUCAGUACUGUCAAAGCCGUCAGAGUUUUGGCGACAGCCACCUCGUCCCACACAUAAUCGAGCCACAGAAGUCCACAUGCUGCGUUUGCGGCCACGGGAAUGGCUUCUCGUCCGCUGUGAGCAAACCUUUCAUGAAGGAGGAACGAAGCAGCUCCUUCAUCCUCCAGCAGAGCCUCCAGCGUUUCCCCUCCGAAGACUCGCUCUCGGACCGGGACAGUUACAGCAGCACGGGAAGCACUAGCGGCUCCGAAUCCCCCACUUUUGACGGUUUGGGGAGCAAGCGUCUCACUGUCUUUGAGCGCCUGUCAAUUUCUGAUUAAGCAACGCUCAACACCACCCAGAGACAGUCGUAAUUCUGAAUCGUAACUAACUAGGGACGGUUCGAUUUACAUUUAAAAAAGAAAAAAAGAUGAUGCGCGUCAACACUUUAUACUGUCUAUUUAUGUUCACAAAUAAUUUUCUCAGCGGAAUUGUUUUUGGUACACACCUGUCUGUUAUCCAAAGCUAUAUAUUUUUAUAACUAUGUAUCUUAUCAUAUAUUUUCUAUCAUUGUCUUCCUUUAUUUACCUUCUUUUAAUUACCAUGAAUAUAAAAGAAGAGAAAUCUUUUCUUUAAGUGCUUCGUAAGUAAUUUGCCACUGA